AGUGUUUUGCUGUGACACCCGGAAGUCUAUUUGAAAGGGUUGCGCGUCGGCUGCAGAAGUCUGUUUAGAAAGCGGCAGAUGGCGGUUAGACACCCGAUGAGGACAUGAGCCUGCCUCGCAAACGCAAGGCCGGCACUUUGAAGCCCGGUUCCAUCCGAACCAAGAGCCUGAGAUCAGCGGAGGGUGAGUGUGGAACCGUUCUGCCGGCAGAUGAGUGUGGAACCGUUUUGCCUGCAGAUGUUCUGCCACAAACUCCCACACACAGAGCGCAGAGCUCUAAAGUGGCCAAAGAGGGGGUGUCAGAAGGCCAGCUGUGGAGGCGUUCCCCGAGGCUACAGGGCCUCAGUCCAGCAUCCUUUCCUGAAGGUCUAACACAGAUUGACCGUGACCAUGCUGAGGGUCCAAGUGAAGGAGAGGCUGAGGGACAGGAGGCUGAGCAGGCCUUGGUCAUCACUCUGGAUGAGUCUGAAGGACAUGGGAGAGGUCGUCGGAGUGGCAGGAGGAAGGGAGGGGGGAGGAGGAGGAGAGCCAACGAUCCCCUGGAGGAGGAGACGCAGGUGCAGGAGGAGCAGGAGGAGGGGGGGGGGGAGGAGGAGGAGCAGGAGGAGGUGCAACCAGAGCUGCAAAUCGACCGCGAGCUGGACCGCGAUCUGGAGAACAAAUCCCGCCAGCACAGACUGACCUCCGCCAAUGUCCGCAGCAUCAUCCAUGAAGUCAUCACAAACGAGCAUGUGGUUGCCAUGAUGAAAGCUGCCAUCAAUGAGACUGAGCCUGUACCUGUGUUUGAGCCGAAGAUGACUCGCUCCAAGCUGAAGGAGGUGGUAGAGAGAGGAGUGGUCAUUCCUACAUGGAACAUCUCACCAAUCAAAAAACCCAGUGAAGCAAAGGCUCCCCAGUUUGUGGACAUUCCCCUGGAGGAGGAAGACUCAUCAGAUGAGGAGUACUGUCCUGACGAUGAUGAUGAAGAUGAAACUGCUGAGGAGACGCUACUGGAGAGUGACUUGGAGAGUACUGCCUCAUCCCCGCGUGGCAGCAGAAGUAUUCACAGAGUUCACGACGAAGACAGAAGCAGUGGCUCUCACCAGUUGUCUCGGAGGUCGGGGCAUGUGAGGGUGGAGGUCGUUCCCAUGGGCCCCCCUCCCCCUCCGCAGCCAGCCCCUGGACCGCCCGCACCCCCUCGGCCCAGCCGAGAGAGCAGCUUCAUGGAGAAGCUCCACGCUGUGGACGAGGAGCUGGCCUUCAGCUCACACUGCAUAGAGCCCUACCAGACACUGGGUGGUGGCGGGGCAGAGGGUGUGAUGGCGUUCCGCACGCGCUCCAAGCGGCCCCUGAGAGACGUCCCCUUAGAGGAGCUGGAGGCGGAGCUGCGUGCGCCGGAUUUCACCCCUGACCUCUACGACAUGUUCUCCGCUCAUGAGGACCGGGAGUGGACACACUGGCUGCAAGGACUCAUGAGUUCCAUGAGCAACGAGGAGGAAGUUGACGAUGACGACGACCCGGAGUAUAACUUCCUGGCCGACACUGAUGAGCCCGACGUGGAGGACUACAGGAACGACCGCGCCGUACGCAUCACCAAAAAGGAGGUGAAUGAGCUGAUGGAGGAACUGUUUGAAACUUUCCAGGAGGACUUGGCUGUGCCGGAGGAAGAGGAGGUGCAUGAGGAGGUAGAGGAAGAGGAGGAGAAGGAGGAGGACACGGUUCCUGCAGCGCCCCCUACUGUCAGCAUCCUACACACUGUCCAAUAUGAGAACCCUCUGGCUGAUGUUCUGAAUGAGAGUUAUCGUACGGUGAGGGAGCAACUGGCUGCUCUGCGUCGUCGGCGCGCCCUACUGGAGAGUCGUGGAAUUGCAUGGCCCCCUCCCAGCAGUGAGCCCCCACCACCCCCACUACUGCUCACACACACACAGAAACUCCACCUGCAGCAGCAGGUACAACAGCAUGUCCAGCUCCUGACUCAGGUGAUCAUGCUGUGCAGCCCUGUGGACAGGCUUAAGACGGAGACCUCCACCGCCAGGCAGUUUCUAUCGGAGCUGGAGGGCUUUGCCCAGAGAGGCGAGCAGGUGCGGCGAUCUCAGGAUCCGAGCUUCAGCAGCGUCUUCAGAGCCGCCAACCUGCAGGGGGCGCUGUGUCUGCUGGAGGAGCUCAGCCAGGCCAGCCUGCCCUCUACUCACCCAGUGCCAAACAAGCCCACCAGUGGGCGGAGAUUCCCCAUACUCCCGCCCCACCUGGCCUGGCUGAUGGCCACUCGUCCCGCCUUCAUGUACCCAGAACUCCUCCCCCACGUCAGCCUUGACCCCGCCCACCACGCCUCCAGCACCAGCAAGAUCAAGAGCUUCACCCUGGCGGAGGACUGCCUGAUCGUUCUUGGCCACAAGCACUUCAGUGGGACUGCCCGGCCUCUCAAGAUGGCCGCCCACUACCUGCUUGCUGCAAAGACAGUCACUGAGAUCAACAAACAUGUUUACGACGUCAGCCACCGCCUGCCCAACCACGUCGUCACGUCUUAUUUCCAGCAGAAGAAAGUUCCCAGCAUGCCACAGCCCUGCCGCCAAGUGGAACCGUCAGACCGGCGCCCUCCGGUGGAGAAAGAUGAGAACACCAUGCCACUGUGGCUCUGGAAAAGCCUGCAGGCCAUCUAUAAGGCAGUGCAGCACCACGCUGGCCACCAGGGGGGGCUAUCUGGGGAGUUGGCCCCGAGAAGCAGCCCUGCAGAAGGGGAAGUCCUGUCCAGUGAGCCCCCCGCGUCCUCCAGCUGCCCCAAAACCCUCCUGCCCCCGCCACCCCCACGGCCGUACAGCUUCCCCCCUGGCACGCGAUACCCCGCCAGCCGGCCUGAGAGGCUCGUGAUGCAGCCGAGUGGGCUCAAGUGGGUGCCCUCCCCCCCCAGGCCCAGGGCCUGCCAGUCCAAACCCCGCCGCCCACAGCGCCGUCAGCGCCUCUUCACCGCCACCUGGAGGCAGGAGGGAAAACUGCAGCCCAUUCAGCCAGCUCCCUCUCCAAGCCUGACCCCCCCAACCCCCAGGGCGCUGGCAGGGAGAGGAGCAACGGUGUGUGUGAGGGGUCGGGGUGGGCCGGUGUGUGUGAGGGGUCGAGGCGGAUCGGUGUGUGUGAGGGCUCGAGGUGGAUCGGUGUGUGUGACUGGUCAAGGAGGGCCGUUGGUGGGCAGCAUCACCCCUACACUGGGGCUCGGAGGGUUGAUCUUAAACCUGCCAGUCUCAGCACCUUUAGUCUGCCCCACCCCUCCAGCCAUGCCUCCUGCACUGGGAUUGGCUCCCCUAGCUCCCCGAGCCACCCCAUUGGGCAAGAGCGUGGUCAGUCAGCACUGCAGCACCCUGAUGGGACUGCACAAGCUGCCGACAUUCCCAUCAGCCCACAGCGUUACCCAGGUGCCUCAGCUGGUGCUGGUGCCCUCCGGCCUGCUGCUUCCCAACCCCACGCCGUUGCCCCUGGCAACCGCUGCCAAAGCCCAGGCCAGAACGCUCAGGAGGAGCAACCAAUCACAGAAGGAGGUGCAGGGGGAGGUCUGGCACGUCCCCACAGAGGAGGCGCAAGGAACUGUGAGAAUGGAGCCACAGGCUAUAGGAGGAGCAGGAGGAGGUGCAGGAGGAGGAGGGCCAUCGGAGAAGAGAACUAUUGUGCCUGAGGAAGAGGAGGCGGAGGAAGAGGAGGGGCAGAGAGAGGAAGAGGAGGUGGAGGAAGAGGAGGGGUAUGGGUCUGGAGAAGGAGACGAAGGGCCCUUCCUGAUGCUCUCUGAAUCCUCAGGAAGUCCCACCCCCAGCCUCAGCAGCUGCACUGAUGCCAUGGUUACAGAGAUUGACAGGGAGGACAGCCACUCUGAGGCCACUGAGGGACGGACAGAAGAGGACGCUGGAAACAGGCGGACACAGAAGGAAGGUGACGACGGCGACGGCAAGGCCGAGAGAGAUGAGGUGAUGAAUGUUCUAGAAACGAUGUCCUCUGCAUCUGAAGAGUCCGUGUUAUCUGUGCCAGAGUUGCAGGAGACCAUAGAGAGACUGUCAUGGCUUGCCUGGGAGGGAAGAUGUGAUGCAGAGAAGAGAUCAGGAGAGGAGAAGAGUCUGAAGAAAACGAGCUCUGCAUCAGUCCUUGACCCAGAUGGGGAGAGAGCGCCCUCGUCUGGUGACAAGUGGACUGCUGCGCGGGAGGUUAGUUUUGAGGAGGCACCCGUGCCGUUGUCUGAGGAUGCUGGCGUCAAUGACGACCCACAGAAGGAUGCUGGCAUCGAUGACGACCCACGGAAGGAUGCUGGCAUCGAUGACGACCCACGGAAGGAGACUAAGGAAGUGGCGUUUGCACAGGCCUACCUGGAGAAGGUGCGCGAGGCUCUCCAGGUGGUUCCUGGGAAGGUGGAGGAGUUCCUGGGGGUGCUGAACGUGUUUGAGCGGGAGCCCGAGGGCCGUACGCCCGUGGAGCUGUACCAGCGACUGCGACCGCUGCUCCAGCACUGGCCCGAGCUGCUGCAGGACUUCGCUGCCUUCCUGCAACCGGAGCAGGCCCACCAGUGUGGUCUGUUAGUGGAGCAGCAGGCGUUCGAGCGUAGUCGGCGAUUCCUCCGGCAGCUCGAGUUGAGUUUUGGAGAGAGCUCCACCCUCUAUCGCAAGGUGGUGAAGAUUCUGAGAGGAGGCACUAACCACGGUGGCAUUGUAGAGGUCAAAGCUCAAAUAUCCACUCUGUUGGGAAGCCACAGCCACUUGUUGGAGGAAUUCUGGGUAUUUUUCCACCAGCUCUACCCACAGGUCUCAGAGUCUCCUCAGUUGGAGGAAAAGAAGUGCCCGAACGCCGAGGCUGAACACCAGGACAACCAGCCAAUCACAUCUCUCAUCCAUGCACAAGAAGAGGACCAUCGUAACAGCCGGCCCCGCAGUUUGGGAAGGAGGAAGCGCCUAGUGUUCCCAGACACGCUGGACACAGGCAACACCAGAGAAAGGCUCCCAGCCCAGCAGAGCCUGCUUCAGGACGCGGAGAACGCAGCUUCCGACCCAGAGAUCGUGUGCGCCAAGAACAUUUCCCUCAUGCCCAGCGGGGAGAGGGUGGUCCUCUGGACCCGGGAGGCGGACCGCGCCAUCCUGACUGCCUGUCAGCAGAAAGGGGCCAAUCAGAAGACGUUUAGUGCUGUCUCCGCCCAGUUGGGCAACAAGACAGCCAACGAGGUGUGUUCACGGUUCCAUGACCUGAUGAGAUUGUUCCACACAUCGUCCAAACAGCGCUCAAGUGAGAGUGACAGCGACACUGACACUGACACCUCCUCCAGCUCAAAAGACGAACCGGACUAAACAGAACCAACUUAGCACUGCAGCUGUCGUACCUGACCGGCACCAAGCUAGUGGUCCAGCUCUGGGUCCAGAUGAAGAGGCUGGAACCCGUCCGUGGUCUGUGGACCUCUCUCUGAUUCUGACCAAUCAUCUGACGUCUCUCCCUGUGUGGCUGGCCAAUCAGAGCCAGAUCUCUGAGAUUGAUAUGAGUGCUGCUUUCGAUGAGGGCCACAGAACAGAAAACUGAAGUGGUUAUUUAUUUACAUAUUUAUUUAUUUAUGCUGUCUUAAUGUCUAAGGUGCCUCAUCUCCUCUCCUGGGUAAUGUUGGUUGCGGACGAAGCAGCAUUUUCACAUGAUGUUAUAGUCAUGCUGAGGCAGUCAGCCGGCCGUACAUAAAUGUACGUGUGUUAUUAAAUAUAUUGUACAGUGUACAGUAUGAUUUUAAAAAGUAUGAGCAUUGUUUGUAUUGUCAGAGAAAUGUUGUUGAUUUGCCUAAUUAAAAAUGUUGCACAGCAUUUUGAAGA